AUGUUUGCCAGCCUGACCAUGGAAAAAGACAUAACCCUGCAGAUAAUCCAGGAUCAAACCAACUCUGAAAUCAAGAACCAUGCAGGAACCUUCAAGGAGAUACAGAAAAUGUCCCCUCUGCUGCGACACGCCAACUACACCCUCCUGGCUGGAACCCCACCCAGGGAGAAGAAGCUACUAACGGUGGGGAUCUCCUCAGUGCAGCGUCCCCAUGGAACCUACCUCCUGGCAACCCUCCAGUCCCUGUUCCAAGCUUCCUCCACACAUGACCUGGAGUGCAUCGUGGUGCUGGUCCACCUGUCAGACCCUGACUCUGCGUGGCUCACACAGACAGUCGCCAAUAUCUCAGAGCUCUUCGCACCACACAUCAAGGCCCAGAAGCUGCUCGUGGUCCAUGGUCUUCUCGGUGGCUCCCCUCUGAGGAACGUGAACCACUCCUGGCCCUGCCAAUCGCUUUAUUCCAGGCAGAAGUUAGAUUAUGCCCUCCUCAUGCACUUUGACAGCAACCUCUCCGAGUACUUCCUGUUGAUGGAGGACAAUGUCCGUUGUGCCCCCAGAUUCGUGUCUGCCAUCUACUGGGCAGUAUUAGCCUGGAAGGAGCUCCCUUGGGUGAUGCUAGAGUUCUCCAGCCUGAGAUUCUCUGGGAAAGUUUUCCACACAAGUGACCUCACCCGCCUGACUUCCUUUUUCCUCCUCUUCCCCAAGUACACUCCCACUCACCUGUUUCUCUCUGAACUCCCUCUUUUCUCUGCUCAAAAUGUCCCAAUUCAUUUCGGUACCCCCAUGUUCUUCCACAUGGGCAAUUAUCCUGAGUCUGAGGCUGCCUGCUUUCCUGCAGAGGAGGUUGAGGACUUUGGUGAAUCAGACAACCCUGCUGCUGUUGUCUUCACGGACAUGACGUCCAAGACAGACCUCCCACAAUAUGCCUAUGUCCUGAGCGAGGACAGCUUUGCCACCUUGGAUCCUCUCAAAGGCAACUACAUGACAGUGGUUCUAGAUAGACUGCAAAAAGUCACCCGCAUCUUGGUGCACACAGGCUCUAAAAUCAAAGGGCUGUACCGACUGGAGCAGGGGCAAGUACUGCCGGGCUAUGACCACCUGCAGAAUCACAAAGACUGUGCUCACUACACCCUUCUGGGGCCACUGGUGGCAGGGAAUUUGGACCAGAGGGUGAUCUAUGAAGAAGAUUCUGUGCAGGAGCUGAGCUGUAUAAAACUGCUGGUAUUAGCAUCUCAAAACUCUUGGCUCCUGAUCAGGGAAAUCAAAGUCUGGGCAGAGCCUGAGAAAGAGGAGUAUGAGUGGGCACAAUGAUUCGGGUAGGACUGGGUUUGGAAAUGGUUUAAGGAUGGAUGAAUAAAUCUAGAAGCUGCUGAAGUGCUGCUCCUACUGAGUUGG